AGUGAGAGAGAGGGAGGGGAGGAGGAAGAGGGAGCUGUGUGUCUCUCCUGCAUCAGCGUCAACAUCACUGCCACGCCAGCCUUCGUCACCACAAAACAACAAGGAAGAUCGUCGCACAACACAGCAAUGAAAAAAAGCACCAUCAGCACCAGCAGCUCCUCCUCCUCCUCCUCUGCCAGACUUGCAUCCACGGAUUAGGCCGAAACGCCUCUACGCUCCCCAGGCACAGGCAUCUACAGCUCCCCCAGCCAGGAGGAGCCCUGACAGGCAUGACCUGAGAGGAAAGGCCAUCGCACGCUCUCUGUCAACAUGGGCAACCAGGAGGCGAAGCAGAGGAAAGCUGCAGCGGCGUCGGGUAAUGGAAGCUACCCUUCACUGGAUGAAGGAUGGAGAGAGGGAGGAGGGGACACCACAAAAAAAGGAGGAAAGAAACUCCAUGGUAAGCAUGGAGGUAAAGGAGCAGGCAGCGGUGGAGGAGGAGGAGGAGGAGGAGGGGGGAUGCAUGGCACAGGACCAGGAAAGAAGAAAAACAAAUCUGAGUCCAAGUCCUCCGUUUUCUCCAUCCGGAAGAGAAAGGGCAAUCUGAAAGGGAAAGGAGACGCGUGCUCCUCAGUGACAGGCUCAAAGGAGGACGUUUUAGUGUCUCAACAUGACGAACUGGACACUAAAACACCUGAGAUGUCUGCAGAUGAGCUGGGACAGUCGGACACCGAGGCCGAGAAGAAAAAGAGAGCAGAGCCAGGGAGAAAGGAUGGAGAGCAGAAGCAGGAGGUGCAGCGGAAAGCCUCCACAGCAGCAACAUCUCCCGCAGAGGAUGGAGGGCAGAAGGGAGGGAGCUCAGGGUCGGACACGGACAUCUACAGCUUCCACUCAGCAGCCGACCACGAGGAUUUACUCGCAGACAUCCAGCUUGCUAUCAGGCUGCAGCACCAGCAGCAGCAUGGGGGGGUUAACUCGAUUGUGGAAGCACAGGGAGGUGAAAGGGAUCUCAGCUGGGCAGGAGGGGAGGGGAGGAGGAAGCAGAGUAAUGGGGGAGUUAAAUUAACCCCUCCUGAGGAGCUUGACCUGACUCCAGAGUUGGAGCUGGGCUCUGACGCCCUGUCGUUCCUGGAGACGGGAACUCUGUGCGGCUCUGUGAAGCACACGGAGCAGCCUCCAGCAGCACACCUCCCCAUCCACACAGAGGUGCAGGAGAGGAGGGAAGAGAAGGAGGAGGAGGGGGUGGAGCAUCCGGAGCUAAAUGGGAAGGAGCCGAGGGAGAGAGAAGCCUCUCUUUGUGUUGCCACAGGCACAAAAGACCAGCAUGCUUGGGUGCAGCAGCCCCCUCACGCAGCCGUCGUCAUGGCUACUGCAGGGGGGGCAGCAGGCAGCCCGAUCGCCAUGACAACCAGUGGUAACAGCUUCCCUGACCUCACAUUUGACAGUUUGGGGAAAUGCCCAGGGGACAAGGAGGAAGCAGGAGAUGAAGGAGAAGAGGAGAAGGAGGAGGUGAAUUUCAGUCCUCAAGCUGCAGAUGGCCUCAGUAGGAGUCCUGAAGCCACUGAGGGGCCCAGUUCAGGGACCAUGUUCGGAGAAGGUGAGGGUCACUUGGGCUCAGGUACCAGUGCAGAGUCCCUAGAGGACUGCCUGAGCACUGGAUCUCACCACUCUUCUGCUGCCGGCAUAAGCGCCUCCCCCUCCAGCCAGGAGGAGGUCAGGAGGAGCAGCGUGAGCUUUCUGCCUCCCCAAGAGAGUCCCACACUGGCCAAACGACUCCUCAGGUCCAACCACUCCUCCACCUCCUCUAGCCCUGUGGUGAAACCCUACCCCCCCAUCUUCCCCUCCUACAUCAAGACCACCACGAGACAGCUCAGCUCCCCAGGACAGUCCCCAGCCCUCUCCCCGUCCCACAGCCCUCUGUCCCCGCGCAGAGCCCACCAUCACCUCCACAGGACGAUGGCUGCACGCAGGCAGCGCUCCCGAAGCCUCGCUGGGCCUCUCAGUCGCUCAGCCGACUGGACGGAGGAGCUGGAGAGGAGGAUGAGGAGCAGAGAGGAGGAUGGAGGAGGUUCAGGAGAAUAUCUAGUGGGCUACAAAGGAGGUGGCAGCCAACCCCUGUGUGCGACCAGAAGAUCCUCUUGUGGACAAGUUUCUACCUGCGGCUUCCAGGACGUCUUCACAGGUCGAACUCUCCUGGAGAAGCUGUUCCUGCAGCAGCAGCAGGAGGAGCCGGAGGAGGCUGAGAGGCUCUGCUCCAGGAUCUUGGCCAUGGGUCUUCUGCUGCCGUUCACUGACUGCUUCAGAGAGCAGCUGGGAGGCAGCAGUGCCCACAUCACCCCCACAGCUGCAGCCAAGUUCGAUCAUGACCAGCUGUACACAUGGGCAGCAGUUAACCAGCCACCUCACUCUCUGGAUCCUCUCGAAGGCAAAAUUCUACCAGGGCAGCUGAAGGGCCCCUGGCCCCCAGCCAAGCCAGGCGGAGACAACAGUACUGGACUCAAAUCCACAGAGGCAGAAGACAAUCAAGAACACCAUGCAGCCAUUUUGGGUUUGACACAACCACAGAAGGAGAGCUAUGAGGAGGAAUGUGUGCUGCCUUCAGCCAAAUUGAAGGAGAAACACGUCAAUGUCAUCCAGCAGCUGGAGCAAACCAUCGAGGAUCUCAGGACUAAGAUAGCGGAGCUGGAGCGACAGCCCCCUCUGCUGGACAGCAUGAAACCCGCCACCUCCACCACGGACAGGGAGUGUGGAGGGGAGGAGGGCCUGCUGAGGGUGCUGUGUGAUGCUCACCUGCAGACUGAGGCAGCUCCUGCUGCGGGCCCCCUGGAGGCCAAGUCUGUGCAGACCUCCCCCAUGGACGACAGCUUUAAGUUCAAAGUGCCUUGUAGCGAGCCGGGAGGAGUCAGCAGUCUCCUGCAGCCUCCUCCCAGACAGGACGCCUUCCAGUGCUCAUGUCAGCUGCAGCCUCCUCCUCCUCCGCCUGCAUCUCUUCUUCCAGGAGGAGCAGCACCUCCUCAAUCUUUACAAGGACAGAUUGUGGCACCUCCUCCACCACCACCUCCACCUCCACCAUUACCAGGAGGCUCAAUGCCAGCGCCUCCACCGCCACCUCCACCUCCACCUCCAUUAGCUCCUGGUUCAGCAGUUCCUCCACCUCCACCCCCACCCCCACCUCCUCCUCUCCCUGGUGGCAUUGCUCCACCCCCACCUCCUCCACCUCCACUUCCUGGUGGCAUUGCCCCGCCACCACCUCCACCUCCUCCUCCUCCUCUUCCUGGCGGCAUUGCUCCACCACCUCCUCCAUUACCAGGAACAGGAGUUCCACCUCCUCCACCACCACCUCCAGGCUGUGGGCCUCCUCCACCACCUCCUCCACCAGGAGCCAUCUGUGUGCCACCUGCUCCUCCAGGAGCUCUGGGCUCCCUGCCUCCUCCUCUGCCGUUGGGGCUGUAUGCUCUGGGUCUGACCCAGGAGAAGCCGCCCAGGAAGGCCUUGGUGGAGCCUCCCAGACCCAUGAAGCCCCUCUACUGGACCCGGAUCCAGCUCAACACCAAAAAGGAGGUUUCUUCUUCGUCGGUGUGGGAGACGAUCGAGGAGCCCGACUUGGACUUUGAGGAGUUUGUAGAAUUGUUCUCCAAAACAGCUGUGAAGGAGAAGAAGCAGCCGCUCUCUGACACCAUCACCAAGUCCAAGGCCAAACAGGUUAUGAAACUCCUCAGUAAUAAGCGUUCUCAGGCAGUAGGAAUCCUCAUGUCCUCCCUGCAUCUGGACAUGAAAGACAUCCAGCACGCUGUCCUGAACCUGGACAACACGGUGGUUGACCUGGAGACCCUGCAGGCUCUGUAUGAAAAUAGGGCACAACAGGAGGAGCUGGACAAGAUCGAAAAGCACAUCAAGUCCUCAAAAGACAAGGAGAAUGCCAAACCUCUGGACAAACCCGAGCAAUUUCUCCACCAGCUCUCCCUGAUCCCAAACUUCUCCAGCAGAGUCUUCUGCAUCCUCUUCCAGUCCACCUUCUCAGAGUGCAUGUCGUCCAUCACCAGGAAGCUGGACACACUGCAGAGGGUAUGCAAGGCCCUGCAGGACAGUGAGUCAGUGAAGCAGGUUCUAGGUCUGGUUCUGGCUUUUGGUAACUUCAUGAAUGGCGGUAAUCGAACCAGAGGCCAAGCUGAUGGCUUCACCCUCGACAUCCUGCCCAAACUCAAAGAUGUCAAGAGCAGCGACAGCAUGAAAAGUCUUCUGUCUUACAUUGUUUCAUACUACCUCAGACACUUUGAUGAGGACGCUGGUAGAGAGACGUGUGUGUACCCUCUCCCUGAGCCUCAUGACCUGUUCCAGGCUUCACAGAUGAAGUUUGAAGACUUUCAGAAAGACCUGGCUCGACUCAGGAAGGACCUGCGAGCGUGUACUUCAGAAGUGGAGAAGGUGUGCAAGGUUUCAGACGAGGACAACCUACAGCCUUUUAAAGACAAGAUGGAGGAGUUCCUGGCACAAGCUAAAAGUGAACUGGAAACGUUGGAGGCUCAACUCAGCAGCACCCACAAACUGUUCCUGGAGCUCACCGUGUUCUUCUCAGUGAAGGCCAAGGCAGGAGAGAAAGAGACUUCACCCAACACCUUCUUCUGCAUCUGGCACGAGUUCUCCUCUGACUUUAAGGACCAGUGGAAAAAGGAGAACAAAGUAAUUCUGAAGGAGAGGCUAAAAGCAGCAGAGGAGUGUUUCCGACAGGCCAAGGAAAAGGCCUCCUACAGCGUCAAACCCAAACACGCCUCUGGCAUUAAAGCCAAGCUUGGCAUGAAGAUUUGAGUCAGUGGACUUGGAAUGCUUGUUUUCCUGACUUUGGGCACCAGCAGCGAGUCAUAGAAAAAAACUAUGUGAAGAAGAAAGAGGAGAAAAAGGAGGCGAUGUGCAGCUGAGCCGACUCUGGACGUCUUGUUUCAUUGAUUUACUUCUUCCACUUGAAUCCGUUCUGCGUGCUCUGUCAGCUUGAUGCCUUAUGUUGCUCUUCUGUCUGAUAACUGAAUCCAACACAGUCAUGGAUGGAUGCUGCUGCACGGCUAUCAGGCACCUGGAAUCAUGCAUUGUUGGGAUUACCACAGCUCAGAAACAAUGCAGUAUACAUCAGCUAGAAUAAUAACAUACUGUCUGUACAGUCCACAUGUCUCACUGAUUAAGAUUUCUUAGUGGAAUGGUUAAGAUAAACAGUUCCUCACAAACCAUGUUAUAAAUAGCACCAACAAUGAUUAAAAUCUUUAGGAUCAUAACUUCACACUGCGAAGCUUUGAGAUCCACUAGAAGUGAGAGCUUGUUUUUGUGAAAACAGCUUGGGAACAGUGGAACAGCACAAGGCUCAGAAGGAUGUAAGGCUGCAAGGCAAAGCUCAGCAGGUACAGGAGCAGUCUUCAUCUGCAAUAACACUGAUGGAACCGAGCAUAAAUAUGCACUUGACUGUGUCUUUACAUUACACUUGUAUGUUAAAUUGAGGCAACACACUUUUGAUUUUACUUUUCUAUUUAACAUACUUUCAAAAAUGAUUGUUUUAUGUACAUCAUCAUGGAACAUUAGUAAUAAACUUGAUAGAUAAUUCUUGGCCAACAUAAUGUCACAGAAAUAGGUGAAAUAACAGCCUGUUCUCAUUCUGAACUUGUAGAAUACCGCCGCUUUGACAAUGCUUUUGGCAUAAGAUCACAAUGCUAAAAGCCACAUCCAGCCGCUGGAUGGCUUCAGGUGAGAACAAAGACGGACAGAUGUGGUUGUGGUGAUAUUCAGCCCGUUCUCACUCCAAACUCGUCAAAUAUUUCUGCUCUUUUGUGCUUUCAGUGUUUGAGCGUGGCGCCGAAAGCCACCUUUCGUGUACAACCAGAAUGCGGCUGGACAGCGUCUGAUGAGAAUGUGCUUGGACAGAACAGGUGGCGUUAUUACACACCAGGGGAUGGCCAGUUGGCACUAGUUGCGUCCACAUGCAACGUGCAUGGGUGGCGUCACUUGAGAACACGGCCAGAUGGAACAACUGUCCAGAGUUUGCUCCCUAUGUGGAUGUGUGGGUUUUUUUCCCCACAUCUUACUAUGCGCCUCUUUGCCUAAAGCUAAAAGCUAACCAUCUGUGACUUUGUUGCCUAAUCCUAACCAUCGUGACAGUCGCGUUGGUGCAGUUGUGUUAACAUAAGAUCUGUGCGGCAUCAUCCAACCACGGUAACAGCAUCCCGGAACAUAAACAGCUGACGCAGAAGAAUACCUAAAAAGUCAUAAGUAGACACAGAAGGU